GGCGCUGCUACGUCACAAGCGGUGCACGCGCAGAGGAGCCGCUGCUGAAGGCCUCUGUGCGGGACAAAGUGGGUUAACGAGGCUAAAGCUACACCGAUCUCUUUGGGUUCACUUUCACUGGCUUCUCUUUGACUGCACAGAGGCGUGCACCCCGUCCUAGCGUCAUUUUAACACGAUGGGAUCGAAAGGAAGAGGAGCGGCACCGUGAAGGUACAGUAGUAGGCAUCUGCAAUGUCCGGUCCUACUUGGCUUCCUCCAAGGACUGUGGACAAUCCAGACCGAGCCGCCCCUCAAAUGUCCCACUCAGCAGCAUCUGCAAUGUACCGCAGUGCACCCAGUAAGAAGGGUGCCACUGACUAUCGUCCAAAGUACAACCCUUACGAUCAAAACGGAGGAGGAAGUGGGGUACCCACUAGGUACAUGGCCACUGGACCUGCAGGCGGGCCUAUCCAUCACCCAUCCAGUGAUCAUUAUCCCCCUUCACAUGGUCCUAAAGAUGAUCGCAAUUGGAGCCCCCACAUGGAUAGCUACGACAUAAUGCAGCGAAGUCCUGAGAAAAGCCAUUAUCACUCUAAAAUUGAUGCUGACAUUGAUUCUCUCACAAAUAUGCUGGCUGAUCUGGACAGCCACCCACAUGACGCAAGUACACAACUCUAUGACAAUGUGCCUUAUAAUAAGUACCACUCAGGUGAUCACUACAAGCCCGCGCACCAUGCUGGCCCCCCUCCUUUGGGCCGCUCCGCCAUGGCCUACCCCCCUCAACCCCAAAGCCAGUAUCACUCCGCUCCUCCUCAUUACCCCACCUCACAUCAGCAGGACUACUAUGCCCCCCAAUCCUCUUCCACUCCCAAACCCUACCCGCAACCUGUCCCAGCCUCCUACACCACCGCAUCCACUCCUACGGGACCUCGAUUCAGUGUCCAGGUGAAAACCGCACAGCCUGUUACAUACUCUCAAACCGGCAGACAGGCGGAGCAAGCGUACACUCCGCCCCCGCCACGGCAACCUGUGUCCCGCCCCCCUCCGCAAGCACAGACGGGACCAGGUUGGUACCCUCCGCAUCCAAACUCACAAGUUCCAGACCUCCACACUGAGACAGGUUAUGGGGCAGGAAGAGUUAAUCAGGUGUCCAUGUCCAAAAGAGGAAUGGAUAACAGUCAAACAGGACAGAGCGGCCCAUAUCAAAACAACAAGCAGGGGACAGCUAUAACAAGGCCAGAAGAUGAGUUGGACCGUUUGACAAAGAAGCUGGUAUAUGAUAUGAACCAUCCACCUGCUGAAGACUACUUUGGCCGCUGCGCUCGUUGUGGUGACAAUGUGGUCGGGGACGGCAGCGGGUGCAUCGCCAUGGAGCAAGUUUUUCACGUGGAGUGCUUCACCUGUAUCACCUGCCAUGCUCGCCUCAGAGGACAACCCUUCUACGCCCUGGACAAGAAGAGUUACUGUGAGAGUUGUUACAUUAGUACGUUAGAGAAAUGUUCAAAGUGCUCCAAGCCCAUUCUGGAUCGAAUACUCCGCGCAAUGGGGAAAGCCUAUCAUCCCCGAUGCUUCACUUGUGUGGUGUGUAACUGUUGCUUGGAUGGCGUGCCCUUUACUGUGGACGCUACCUCUCAGAUUCACUGCAUAGAAGACUUCCACAGGAAAUACGCGCCUCGCUGCUCUGUGUGUAGUGGACCCAUCAUGCCCGAACCAGGUCAAGAGGAGACCGUUAGGAUUGUAGCAUUGGAUCGGAGCUUUCAUGUCAACUGUUACGUGUGCGAGGAAUGUGGACUCUUGCUAUCGUCAGAAGGAGAGGGGCGUGGCUGCUACCCACUGGAUGGUCACAUCUUGUGUAAGAACUGCAGUGCACGACGCAUCCAGGACCUCUCAGCCAAACUCUCAACUGACUGCUAAUUAUGACAACCUUAUUUCACUCAGUUUACCAACACAUUGUUGAGUGCCAGAAAGUAACAACACAAAUCCCCAUAUUGUUUUGACCCUUUCCUAUGCUGUGUAACUACAGAUUAUUUAGCGUGUCACUUUAGCACCCCCUGUUGGUUGUAACCUGCAUUUUCACCUCUAGACAUUUUCUUUGUUACUGAUUUAACUUGGAUUGCUACAUUUUUAUGGUACACUUCAGUACAUAAUGUUAUGACAGUGGCCUGACCUGCAGGCAGUUUAGGGUCCACUAAACCACAUUGGUACUGCUUAACUAGCAGAAGAACAUUUUCACUGUUACUUUGAGAAACAGUUAUAUAAAAUAGGAAUGUAUGACAAAAUAGUAUAAAUAUAAUAAUUGACCUCAGUGAGACCUGUACAAAUCAAAACAAACUGCCUCAAAAAUGUUUAACUCACCAACUGUGACUGUACAUAUUGGGCUGGUUUAAAAGCUGGAAGGCAUGUAUGCUGUGAUGUUUUGCAGUGUGGAUAGAUUGAGACAUGUAGACGCAAUGAAUGUGUAGUGAAUUCAUCCAAAUCCUUGUUGUUUUUUUUCCUUAAUCAUCUUUAAACAAAUCUUCAGACCCAAAUGUCAAAAUGACUUGGAACUAUUAGUCUACAAGCUUUAGAGUUUUGUCAGAAUUAUUUUCAAAGUGCAAAAUGUGUGCUUUUGGGUUGAUUUUGGCUUGUGGCUGAUACUUGACUGUUAUGACUUAAGUUGAUGGUGCAAUGAAGUUAAUGCUUUGGUUUUGUUUGUGUUUUUUGGUUUUUUUUACGUAAAGGAGUUCAGGGUGUUAAAUGAAACAUCCAAUGGAGUAAAACUUUCAUCUUUUAUCUGCCAUGUAAAAUGUGAAACAAAAUAAUUAUCCACAUAUACUAAUAUAGCAUUGGACUGUGCUUAAAAUGUAAAACUUUGAAAGAAUUUAAUCUGUUGUACUGUUGGCAUAUUUCAUCUUUAUUUCCGUCCUAUUUUAUACUUCACUUUUUAAAGGGCUAUACUCAUAAAAACGUACCUCAAGGACACCUACACUUCAUUUUUCAAUUUAUAUUUUUCCUCAAAUCUCUCUGAAACUGUAAAUAGAGUGGCAUCUCCUCCAUCUUGACUGUAAUCAUGUUUUGAUCUUUGUCCAUAAAAGCUGUGAACUGGAUAUUUUUUUGCAGUGAUGAAGAGUGCAGUUUGUAGUGAUGAUAAAAUAAAGACUGCAGUAACA